ACGAUGUCUAAAGCCGGAGUCUCAUCAGUAUUCAGGUGGUGGUGAGAUCUGACUGGAGCAUUCCACUGGCCUACAGGGUGCUGAGUGCGUACACUGGCCUUCCAGCGUGGGAGAGCUUCUGCCAGAGACUCUGCCCUCACAGCCUUUUUCUCCAUUGGCCCUGAUAAGACAGCUGCAGAGGCUCAUCAGCGCAGCAGCGAGAGAGAGAAUCAUGGGCCGCCGCACCUCUGUGUCGCCUCUGCUUCUGCUGCUGGUUCUGGGUGUCUUCCCCCGGCCUUCGCCCGGAUUCUGGCUCUUCAAUGUCAUCUUUCCUCCCAGCGUCGAGCCCAGAGAGUCCCAGACGAACAGCACCCCGCCUCUCAUCCUAGUGCCAGGAAACCUGGGAAACCGGCUGGAGGCCAGGAUUGACAAGCCCAGCCUGGUGCACUGGCUGUGCUACAGGAAGACAGAGAACUUCUUCACCAUCUGGAUCGAUCUCAACAUGUUUAUGCCCAUUGGCAUCGACUGCUGGAUAGAUAACAUCCGGAUAGUGUACAACAGGACAACCCGGAAAAGCUCCAAUGCCCCUGGAGUAGAGAUUCGAGUACCCGGAUUUGGCCAGACCUACCCUGUGGAAUUUCUGGACACUAACAAGCUAACAGGUUAUUUCCACACCAUGGUGGAGCACCUGGUGAAUUUUGGAUACGUCCGGAAUGAGACCAUUCGUGCAGCGCCGUACGACUGGAGAAUUGCGCCCAAUGAGCAAGAGGAGUACUUUGCAAAACUGAAAGAGCUGGUGGAGCAGAUGUACUCUGAGUACCAGCAGCCUGUCUACCUGCUGGGACACAGCAUGGGCAGCAACUACAUCCUAUACUUCCUGAACGAGCAGCCACAGCACUGGAAGGAUCGCUACAUUAAGGGCUUCAUCUCGCUGGGGGCCCCCUGGGGGGGUGCAGUGAAGCCCCUCCGCGUCCUUGCUUCAGGAGAAAACGAUGGGAUUCCUCUGGUAUCCAAUAUCAAAAUCCGCGAAGAGCAGAGGAUGACAACUACCAACCCCUGGAUGAUCCCCACGGACCAGGCUUGGCCGACCGACCACGCCUUCAUCUCCACACCCAGCUACAACUACACCUACCGGGACUACCAGCGCUUCUUCAAGGACAUCCACUUUGACGACGGCUGGCACAUGUGGGAAGACACCAGGAACCUCACAGCUUGGCUGCCCCCUCCUGGCGUGGAGGUGUACUGCAUGUAUGGAGUGGGCUUACCCACCCCGGUCACCUAUAUCUAUGACGAGAACUUCCCCAACGCGGAUCCCGUGGACAUCGUCUACGACGACGGCGACGACACCGUCGACAGCCGCAGCAUGGAGCUCUGCAAGCGUUGGGUGGGAAAGCAAGAGGAGCCGGUCCACAUUAUCGAGCUGAAGGGCAUGGCUCACCUGGACAUUGUCUUUAACGACAGAGCCCUCACCUUAAUCCAGGAGAUCCUGGAAGGGAAGUACAAAGGGCCAUAGCCCCAGGGCUCCGAACGAUGUAAUAGGUCUAAACUGUAAUUAUUCAAAUAAAAUAUUUUUAGAAUGUUGUA